GUCCGAAAACACUAUGCUAAUGCAGCUGUCGGAAUGGCGAUGACAUUCGUCAAUCAUAUUUUAUAUGAAAACUGGAGUCCAGCAUUAGUUUCUGAUUGGAUCAAAGGACUGGAUGAAGCCACACCCCAGUAUGCUGAUCUGAUACUAGAGCAUGGCAUAGGGGGACGGAAACUAUUAAUGUUGACUCACUAUGACUUAGAAAAAAUAGGAAUAAACAAACUUGGUCAUCAGGAACUUAUUCUGGAAGCUGUUGAUCUCCUUAAAACAUUGAGAUAUGGUUAUGAUACAGAGAACCUGCAGUACCUUGCUCUACAGCUUGGGUGUAAAGCCAAGAGUUUACAGCGAGAGGUUCAGGCGAGCUCAUCAGAAAACAAUCCUAAUGCUGCUAAUGUAUCUAAACAUUCCACCUCACAUGAUAAACUUUCUGUCAAUAUUUUGUCCUCUGUGUCUGAUCUUAUCACCAGUCUUAAAAGUAUUGUAAACUGGCUUGACAGAACUCCAUUUGAGGCUAUUUAUGAAUUGUGUCUAGUAAGGAAUAGUAUUGUGAAGAUUGGGAUAGAACUAGUGUCUAAUUCCCAGCGUGAGACACAACUUACUGAUAUAGAAAAUAAUAUUAUCAAAUCAUGUGACAACUUGUCGAAGGUGUGUGAUGAAUUAGUUAUUAAGAACAGAGACCCAUUGGUGAUACAGCCAACAUCAUUAGAGAUAGCCAUCAUUAGGAAGAAACCAGGAGAAGAACUGGGAAUAACUAUACAGUCAGCGUAUUAUGGUAUCCAUGUAGUUGGUGGAAUCAAGGAAAUGUCUCCGGCUGAUUUAUGUGGGAAGAUAGAGAAAGGUGAUGAAGUUAUACAAGUCAAUAACAGAACUGUAGUUGGAUGGCAGUUGAAGUCACUUGUCAACAUUCUGAAAGAAAAACCCAAAGAGGUAACCUUGUUACUAAAAAAACGGCCUCACCAUAUAAACCCAUAUGGCCAAGUACCCAACAAGCGUAAACAGAUGAACAAACACCAUGCCCAACAGAUCUCUACUCUACCUAAAUCUCUGAAGAAACGUAGAUCUCGCGAAGGAGAACCAAAGAAUCCACGACCAUCUCUACAGGAAUUUGUCAACCCUGGUAGUAACCUGUUGUCAGUCGUAGGAGAUGAGAAUGAGAAUGCUUCUGAUGACAAAGAGGAUAUAAACGAUAUAACUGAUGAUGGUAACGAUACAGAUAACGACGUAUUCCGUAGUGGAUCGGAAUCUCCACAGUACACACUUCCUGUUGUAACUAACACACAACAUCGACGUGCCACAGUCAGCGGUGGUUCUCCAACACUCAGUAGAACACUCCUGAUUAUAGAGGACCCAGAUACACCGACCAGACCGAAGUCAUUUACUAUUACUGCAUCAGAUAUCCCUCAAAUAGAAUUAGAAACAGUGCCAGGUGAUGAAAACGGCUUUUCAAAGUUUGGAGAUAAGAACAAAGUGACAGCCCAACAGAAAAGACAGGAUUUCAAGCAGACAAAAUCUGUUCCUCAGUCCAUGGAAUAUGGUGUCAAGUCUGACACCUCGAAAGCUGAUAACACAAGAACACUUCAAAACUUGAAAAAGACAGUAGCCUUACUUGAGGUACCAUCACAUUUUCAGACUCCACCCAGGUGUGUGGUCAGCGACUCCAUGGAUAGUCUUGACGAACAAUGGAAUAACGAUUUUUCAAUGACAUCAUCACAGGAAACUCUGACAGAACUAACUGCUAAAAUCUCAACAUUGACAACAUCAGCCAAUGAAAAUGACACAAUUGAUGAUGAGAAUGAAAACGAGGCUGACUUUGAUAAUUUGGUAAAUGAUGAUGGUUGUGAUAAAGAGGUCAGUUCUGUGACACAUUCAGAGGACAAGAGUGGGGAGGAGGCAACUCAAGCAAUAAAGGGCAUUUUAAAACAUUGUGAUAAUGAAGAAAAAGAAGAGAAAACCUGUGAAGAAAAUAGUUUAUCAGACAGUAGAAAACAAACACAGAAUACUGAAUUAGAUCAAAAAAUUCAGGAGGAAGUCAAAAAAAUUUCUCAGUCUCGCAAAGAACAUGACAAAAAAGAGAUUUCUGGUAGCGAUAAUUUUCAAACAGAACACGUUAGGAAGGAAAAUUCUGAAAGAGACAAAAAUAUCGCAGGUGUCCACGAUAUUGAUGAAGAAAGGGAUGUGAGAAAACAAAACAAUGAAGACAUCAACCAUUUGAGUAGCAGUAUAAAAAAGCAACAGUCAUCAUUGCCAAAAUCAGCUCCUAAAGAUUUAGAUGCUACCUUUGUUGAUUAUGAUCGACAUUGGAACACUAGAACAACCUUGGCUCAUGAACAUAAACAUAAAAAUGAACCACAGCUGGUCAAGAUCAGGAAGUUAGACUCAGUCACUGCAGUAGAUAGGGAGAAUAAAAAGAUUGAAGGAAAUUCUACACAGAAAGACCCUAACGGUGAUGACCAAAGUCAAGUCAGUUAUACAACAAUAAUAGUUGGUGGUGUACCUCAGAAAAUACCUAUCAAUAAAGCACCUCAGAUGGAGAUCAGAUCGACAAAGAAGUAUACAAUGAUUAGAUCCUUGCAUAGUGUCACAAUGAGGAGGAAAACAAGGAGAGGAGGAACAGAUUUAAAUCGUCGAGUUUCAUGUAAAGAUUUAGGUCAAGGUGACUGUGAGGGUUGGUUAUAUAAGAAACGUAGUGAUAGAGGAGGAGCCUUCAGCUCUAAGUGGGUCAAAAGAUGGUGUGUUAUGAAGAACUACAAUCUCUUCUAUUAUAAAAAUAAAGUGGAUCAGAAGGCUGAGGGUGUUAUACAUCUACCUGCCUUUCAAGUUUCCCCAGCUCCAGAGGUCAAAACCAGUAAAUAUGCAUUUAAAAUCCAUAACCUAGGAACAUCAUUUCUAUUUUCAUCAGAUAGACAAGAGGAUAUGAAAAAAUGGAUGAACAAAAUGGGUCUGGCAGCCAUAGCUUAUGACGAGAAGAAAGUUACAGAGCAUGCUAUAUUUCCUCAUGUAAGACGUCCUAAUGACAACCAUGAUAUUGCCGAGUUUAGUGAGAGUGAUGAUGAGACACUAGACUCAGCCAACACUAGCAACACAAGUAAAGAUACCGACUCUAGUGGUCAUGGCUCUCCCGAUAUAAGGUCAAGGUUACCUGUUAGUGAAGAUGACGAGGUUGUGUUCAGGAACCGUGGAAGUGGUUGUUCAUCUUUCACAACAGGAAGUCUCUACAGUUGUGUACCAACAGAAUUCUCUGAUAAUUCCGAAUCAUCAACAGUAACAGGGUUCUCACAAAGUACCGAUGAUCUGACACAUAUUUAUCGUACACUUGAAAGUGAACAUUUGACAUUUGAUGGCAAAGAUAAACAAAAACAAAGGAGAAGUGCAAUAAAAUCUGAGAGUUCUGGGGAUGGGUUACCUUCAGGUGAACAGGUGGAAAAAGUCAAGAAACUUCACUCUUUAGAAAGAACAUUAAAGGCCAAAGAACAAGAAUUAGAAGCUAUAGACAGACUUUUAGUAGAUGGAAUGGGAGCAGAUACUUUAAAAAGAUAUCAAGAUCAUUUUCUAUUGUCUGCUUCAAUGAGAUCUUUACCUACACAGUCAGAUUCUGAUGAAGAAAGCUCUUAAGAGACUUUAAACAUGUUAAUACUAGGGAUGUCCAUUUCAGGAAAAUCAUGUAGUUGAGUCUUUGUAAAAUCUGCCAUGAAAUACUCCAGCAUAAGUUUAAACACACACAGACACACAAAUGCAAAAAAAAAUCAGUUUGUACCAAUUUGAAUAAAACAUAAUGAAUAUCUUAUGAUGUUUAUAUUCACUUCCUCCAUAUGUGUGUAAGACUAUCUUCUUCUUAAUGGGUAGAAGGAUAUUGAUGAAACUUUACUACCCACCUGUAGAACACUACCUGAUAAUAUAAUCUGUCCUACAUGUUAAAGGGGAGAUCAUCAAACUUACUUUAAUAUUACAAUAUGUGGUAAUAGACAUGUUUCAGUAUUAGAGUUCACUCACAGUUAAAGUUUUAUUUGCAACUACAUGUAUUGUGGAGUUCUGUAUAUUUUUUCCCUUGAAUCUGUAGUGAAAUAGAAAAGUUACUGGCAACAUUCUAUCUGUUUUUUUUAUGAAUUUUGGCAUAAUUUAAUGUCUGAAUUUUAUUCCUUUAAUUAAUGUAAAGCAUGAAGUUGUUAUUAAUUAAGUGUGCUAACAAUGUUGUCUUUUUUUUAUCUGAUAUUUAAUUAUGCAUAAUAAAAAGUGAAGUCUUGAUACAAUAACAUUCAUUUCUAAUUUAGGAAAAGUAUUCUUUAUGAUAAAUAGUGUGCUAUACUGCUAAAUCAUUUUAUACUGAAACUUGAAGACUUCUUGUUGUCUUUAUUUACCAAAUAUAGUAACAUAGUGAUAUGUUGUGCAAUGUCGAUUUCAUGUCAUGUCACUUUUUUUCAUAAUCUGAGGCUCAUUUUGGGAUGGGAAUUUUUGUUUUGUUUUUGUGUUAACAUUUUAGUUGCUAUGAUUGUAGCCAUUUUUAGCUACAGUAUAAAAACAAUAUUAGAUCAGUGUUGAAAUGGAAACUUUUUGUAUUCCGCACAAAUCUGUUGAAGAGGUUGGUAAACACUCCCCAGUUUCUAAGCUUGAUAUUUUCUCUGAAGUUGACUGAAUAUUGUACAUUAAUAUCUAAAGAUCAGAUUGUAGUUGAUUAAGUCAGGAAAAAAAUAUUUCACAAAUAUUCCAGGUUUAAUGUACCAAUACCACGUGCACUUUCAUUGAAAAUUCAAGAAUUUCGAAAUGUUGAUUUUAAUUUCAUAGGUAUCUGUUAAUAUCAAUACAAAUUGUGUUUUAAUACAGAUACAUUUUAUAGGAAAAAUAAAGUGAAAAUGUUAUAAAAAACUAAAACCAAAUAUAGUAAUGUAAAACUGUUAUGUCUUAAAUAUAUUGGUAUCUUUUAAUGAUUAAUUAUAUGAUAUAUAUUUUGUCAUCCCUUUGACAGGGAAUUGAAUAUCAAUAAAUGUUGUUAGAUU